AUGGCUCCUAUCACCAAGACUCUCGCCCUUGCUGGCGCUUUCUUCGCCUUGACCGGCUACUCGGCCCCCGUUGCCAAACGCGCCGUCGUUUGGGAGACCGUCACUGAUGUCGUAUGGACCACCAUCGAUGUCACCACCACCGUCUACCCUAACGCCGCUCACACUUCUACUUCUACCGUCGUCCCUGCGGUCACCACCACAGUCCCUACCACCACCACUGCGCCCGUUGUUCAGGCCUCCACCAAGGAGGUAGAGGAGGCUGCGCCCACCACUACCUCUUCUUCCACCACUGCCGCUGCCCCUGUCCCUACUGUUGAGGCCCCUGCCAAGCAGGUAGAGCAGGCUGCGCCCACCACCACCUCAUCCACCACCACUGCUGCUCCCGCUCCCACCGUGCAGGCUGAGACCUCUACCACUGCCGCUCCCGUCGUGCCGGCUGAGACCUCUUCUACCGCUGCCCCUGCUGCUACCAGUGCCGCCAACACCGGGACCACUAUCAGCACCCGCACCGGCGUCUGCUCUGAGGGCUCCCCCUUGCGACGCACCAACCCCAGCUCCUGUGGCACCACCAACGAUGGUACCGUUGAGAACGUUCUCGCCCUGCCUCACGGUAUCAUGACCGACAGUGACUGCGGCAAGACCGUUACCAUCACAUACAAGGGCCAGACCGCCACUGGUAUUGUGGUCGACAAGUGCAUGGGUUGCGACAACACCUCCGUCGAUCUGUCUCGUCACCUCUUCGGUGAGCUGGCCCCCAUGGACAAGGGCCGUGUCUCUGGUGCCAAGUGGUACAUCCACUAA